AUGUUGAAAAAACCUGGUAAUACGCCUAAAUCAAAGCUAAUCAAAAACUUGUCAUCCUCAAAACCAUCUAGUGUUACAAGUUCCUUAUAUUCAGGGAAUGCAAAUGCACAACGUUCAAUAAAAAAACCAGGAUCAUUGCAUCCUCUUCGUUCUACUCAAUCAAAAACUCUAGGUGAACGAAAUGUUAUCGAAGCAGCCAAAAAUCCUUAUCCACCUGCUCAAUAUCAUUCAUGGAAACCUGAAUAUCAACAGCUUUUUACUCGAGAAAAAAUAAAAAAAUCAAUGACAAAAGAUCCAUAUUCAUUACGAACACGAACGAUUGCCCAUGCAACAGAAAGUAUUACAACAGAAGAAGAAUGUUGUCUUGAAUUUAUACCAGCUAAUGCUGUUCAUAUUGAAACACUAAAUAUUCAGGAACCGGAGAAAUUUAGAGUACCAAGCAUUAUUCGUUACUUACGAAGUAGUGAAUUAUUACCGUCGGAAAAAUUUGUAUCACAAACUCCGAUGAAGAAGUCUUCAGAAUCUCAAUUAAAAUUUGAAACAAAAACAACACUACCGACUAUUCGUACUAAUACAACAACUGGUACUGCUCCGACUUUAGUCACAACUGAUCGAUUAUUAAAUAGAGCUAAGAUGCGGAUUGAUGCAUCUGUUAUUCGACGGCCACCAAGAAGAUUAAUUAUUAAUGUAACUCGUGAAACGCUUGUGCCAUUAUCAAUAUACGGUUAA